AUGACGCACAAGUUCAUCGCUGGGAGAGGCGUGGAUCUUCUGACGGAGAGUCAGAGGCAUACCCUGGUGCUGUUUGAGCGCAUAGGAGGCUCUAUCAGCUUGGUCGCUGUCCUCAUGAUCUUCGUCGCCUAUGCGCUUGUACCAAGGGUGCGCAAUGUCCAGAACACCUUUAUUGUUUUUGCAAGCGUUGCCAACAUCGGAGCCUGCUGUGCGAGCAUCAUCGCCAUGGACGGUCUGGAGCUGGGUGUUGCUUCGCCUCUUUGCCAGGCGCAGAGCUUCAUGUUCCAUAUGUUCAUGCAAUCUGACCCCUGGUGGUCGCUGGCCAUGGCCUUCAACGUCUUCCUCGUCUUCUUCUUCCGCGCCAAGCCCGACUCGUUCCGCAGAUGGUGGUGGGUGUACUGCCUCAUCUGCUACGGUGGCCCUUUUGCUAUUGCCAUUGCGUUGCUUCUGGUUAGAAACCCGAACCGCGGGCUUGUUUUUGGUCAAGCCACCAUCUGGUGCUGGGUUAACCGGGACUGGGAAAACAUUCGCAUCUACACUUACUAUAUGCUCAUCUGGGUUUGUAUUGCUGGAUCUAUCCUCUUCUACUUCAUGGUUGGCUGGCAUGUUUUCCGUACUCGGAAUCGACUCAAGAGUUUGACUGCUUCCAAGACCAGGGAGCCGGCCCCUAUCGAGCAACCUCAAUCUCAAAAUUCACAGCAGCGACAAGUAGACUUCUUAUCAGUCCCACAAGACUGCUUCUACGGAACCAUUGUCACUGAAGUCCAGGUUGUUCACUCAACACCUUCAGCAAACCAUCUACCUACCGAACCAAGGCCUGCUUACACAGCUCGUUCAUCUUCACCUCAGAUAUCUUUCGAUGAAGCACCUUCGGUCAUGCAGGGAUCCAACAGCCAUUAUUUCUCGACCUCUAUAUCCCCAGGUAUAACUCGCCCCGAACAAAGCAGCGGCUCCCCUCUCCGCCGCAUAACAUCAGCGACCAGCCGAACCGUCAACAAAUUCGUCAUCGACGAUCCCAUCAAGCGGGCGUACUUACGCACGAGCUUCCUUUUCGCCCUUAGUGUGUUGGUGACUUGGAUCCCGAGCAGUCUGAACCGCAUCCACAGCUGGCUCAUGGGCACUUCCCCCUUUGAGUAUCACGCCGCCACCGCCGCUGUCCUCCCUCUGCAGGGACUCUGGAACGCGGUGAUUUUCUUCGUGACAAGUGGAGGACCACUGAGAGAGUGGUUCAGGAACUUUGGACACCAGCCUACCCUCCAAGAGAGAGAGAUUGCAGAGAUUAGAGGAGACCACGACGAGCAUGUUGGGAGGAGUGGCGACAGCUUCCUGGAUGACACAGACUCCGGUAGUGACGUUGAGCUGCGAAGAAUGGGAGAGGCGCCGGGGAAGAGAUCAGUAAGUCUCUAG